AUGCUUCCCGGGGUGGGCGUGUUCGGCACCAGCCUCACGGCCCGUGUCAUCAUCCCGCUGCUCAAAGACGAGGGCUUCGCGGUGAAGGCGCUGUGGGGCCGCACGCCGGAGGAAGCGGAGGAGCUGGCCAAGGAGAUGAGCGUCCCCUUCUACACCAGCCGCAUUGACGAGGUGCUGCUGCAUCAGGACGUGGACUUGGUGUGCAUCAACCUGCCGCCGCCCCUCACCAGGCAGAUUGCUGUCAAAACCCUGGGCAUCGGCAAGAACGUCAUCUGCGACCGCACGGCCACGCCGCUGGACGCCUUCCGCAUGAUGUCGGCCGCCCACUACUACCCCAAGCUCAUGAGCAUCAUGGGCAACGUGCUGCGCUUCCUGCCGGCCUUCGUGCGCAUGAAGCAGCUCAUCGAGGAGGGCUACGUGGGCGAGCUGCUGGUGUGCGAGGUGCAGGUGCACAGCGGCAGCCUGCUGGGCAAGAAGUACAACUGGAGCUGCGACGACCUGAUGGGCGGCGGCGGCCUGCACUCGGUGGGCACCUACAUCAUCGACCUGCUCACCUUCCUCACCGGCCAGAAGGCCGUCAAGGUCCACGGGCUGCUCAAGACCUUCGUGAAGCAGACCGACCACAUCAAGGGCAUUCGCCAGAUCACCAGCGACGACUUCUGCACCUUCCAGAUGGUGCUGGAGGGCGGGGUGUGCUGCACGGUCACCCUCAACUUCAACGUGCCUGGCGAGUUCAAGCAGGACGUCACCGUGGUGGGCUCAGCUGGGCGCCUGCUGGCAGUGGGCACGGACCUCUACGGGCAACGCAACAGCGCCCCAGAGCAGGAGCUGUUGCUGCAGGAUGCCACGCCCGUCAGCAACUCCCUGCUGCCCGAGAAGGCCUUCAGUGACAUCCCCUCGCCCUAUCUGCGCGGCACCAUCAAGAUGAUGCAGGCCGUGCGCCAGGCCUUCCAGGACCAGGAUGACCGGCGCACGUGGGAUGGACGGCCGCUCACCAUGGCCGCCACCUUCGAUGACUGCCUGUAUGCCCUGUGCGUGGUGGACACCAUCAAGAGGUCCAGCCAGACGGGCGAGUGGCAGAACAUUGCCAUCAUGACCGAGGAGCCAGAGCUGAGCCCCGCCUACCUGAUCAGCGAGGCCAUGCGCCGGAGCAGGAUGUCCCUGUACUGUUAGCAUGGACUGGGGACCUAGAGGGACUUAGGCCUUCUGCGUGGGUCCGAGAGAGGGGGAAAUGCAUGAAAAAGAGGUAGCCUCAAGGAGUGUGGGCGUGGGGAAGUGAAGGGGCAGUGUGAGUAAAUGGCAUCUGGGAAGGUGAGGCCCAGCCCAGGGGAAUACCCCCAAACAGAACUGUUGAGGGGCUCAGCUGAUAUCCUGGGAGUGUUCAGAGGGUCUGCCCUUCCUGCUGGGUAUUUGCAUGAGAGGGCGGAGGUUUAGUGGCUUCUGCUACCCUUUAUGGAGAGAGGAGUUGCUUCCCUCUGCACCUCAUCCCCUUGCCACGCCUUGGCCUCCUUUGCAAGCCAAAUGCUCUUGCGGGGUCAAGGCCCUGAAUCGGAUGGCAAGCUCAGUUGGUGCCAGCUUCCCUGACACCCACUACUGGCAGGAGAAAGCACAUCUCACAUGCCCGCACAAGCCGGUUAGUCUGGGGACAGGUGGGGGUGCAGUGGGCUAAGGUGAGAGUUCAAAUUCCAGGAAGCCACUUCAAGUGUCUGAAGGAAAAAGCACUUGGUAGCAGAGUGUACAGCUUUCUUGAUUGAUUGGGCUUCCUCAGAGGAAGCAGGAGGGAGUGUCUUCCUAAUCGGUUGCUUGCCCUUCACCUGGCCUGAGGUGGGGUGAGGGAGUGCCAGGAACAGCAAGCAGAGAGACGGUUCCCUGAAGCCCAAAGGAAAGAGCAAGAGCACAUCCAAACAGCCAAGGCAGAGAAUAAAAUAUCCCUUUGAAUCUGUCAACAAUUAAGAACCUGCAAGGAGCCACGUUAUAACACUACUUCCGGCAGAGUGGAUAUGGGUGUGAGAGGGAUUCAGCAGUGAAGUGUUGAGGUUGUCCUUUCACACGGCUCUCCAGGCAGGCCCGAGGAGACAGCAGGGGGUGUGGGCUUGACCAGGGGCUCGCUCCUACGCUGGCAUCAGGGACUGGGGGUGGCUGCGGGCCCCAGUGUUACAGUGGGGAUCCCCCAGUGGAAGGGCAAGGGAGCCAGCCCUGGACUUGCUUUGGGCUCCAACACCCAUCUCUCCUACCAAGCUGAGGAAGGGCUUUUAGGAGAUUCCCCCAGCUUUGGGGAUUUAAAACGGCAAGCCUUCAGUUCCACAAGAUAGAAUCCUCUUCCCUUAAAAAAAAAAACAAAAACAAAAGUCAAGGCUCUUUUCCUUAGCUUUGACCUUCGUCGAUUCUGACACUUGAAAAUUUUUGAAUAGGUAUUAAACAAAACAAAACAAAAGGACAACAGGAACAUAAUGUUUAGUGUUUCUAAAACGGGGGCUUCAGAGCGCUCUGAGGUGUAUGCUUCAUGUGGCGUUGAGAAGGCUAAUGUUGGAAAACACGUUCUUCCUCUCCUUGGUCUUCUGUCUCUCUUGUCUUGUCACCCUCUGCUUACAGAGCUUUAUUGGAGAUGGCAAGCUGCAGGCCCGGACGAGCAGGCAGGUCAAAGGGGAAUAACCAGAGUCACACACACACUCACAGACAUACAAACAUGGGUUUGUGAAUGCUCACUGCCACCAAAUGUCACUAAAAUUGUUCCAAAAAACUCAGACCUGGUCUUGAAAGACAGACCAAGUCAAAUACAUUUUGCAAACAGGGAGUCAUCCUUUUGUUCUUUUCACAAUCCUUCACCCCACAGAAGACAUUUGUCGAGGCUGGAUGUGGAGACCAUGACUUGUAACUGUGCAUAGCUUUUGUUCACAGGUCGCAGACAUCCAGCAGUUGUCUUUGGCACACAACCGAGGUUUAGACUUCUCUUCAGAUCACUGGCAAGAGAACUAGAAGGGUCUAUAAGGGGCUGGGAGUGCGCCCCCAGGAGCUGAGUAGGCAGAAUCUGAAAACGAGCAGCACAACUGAGAGGUCGGUUACAUCCUCCAUUCUCCUCCCAGGGUCAAUAUACUGUGAUGCCCAGGCUGCCCGUGGGUACCGUGUGGGCGUGUCCAAACUCCACCGGAAUGUUGGUCAUUUUCUAGCACAGAGGAGUAAGAAUUGCCUUCCUGGAGAGAAUCACCCUACUUCCUUGUGGCCUGACGGCAACGGUAAGGCUACUCAGCUGAAAGUCUUGACGGUGCGUUAUGCUCCCUGAUCUGUUGACAGACUUCAUGGUGAGCAUGCCAGCGUCUGUAGCUUUCAGUCCAGAACUAGAAAUGUGGUAGGAUGGGAGUCUCCCAGUCACAGCUGAAGCAGAGGGCCAUGCCGUGGACUCUUGGUUCAGGUUCUCCUAAAUUGCCCCCUGGAUAAACAGCUUUUGUGGAAACUGAGUGGAAAGAAUUUGUUUUUCUAGCUAGCCUAAAAGGCUGUGAUUAAGGAUGAAGGGCAAGGAAACUCGGUGUCUCUAUGGGUCUCAUUUUUCUACAUCGUUUAUAAUCUAAGUAGAGCUAUUCCUGGAGUUUCAAUUUAUGUUUCUGUACUUACCCAAAAUACUUGGGAGUUUUCUUCCCCUCAAAGGCCUCUGAGCUCUGUGAUAAAUAUUCAGUGUCUAAAACAGAAAUUCUCAUUUGAGGCUCGGGUAUAUAGAAAGAAUAUAUAUUCUUAAAAGAAGCAUGAAAAAUAUUUUAGUAAGUGUACUCAAAUUUUAUCUACUGAAAUGCAUGUAGUAGGUAGAUGCAGGAAUGAGAGGAAGAAAAGACCUAGAUAGUUCAUUUUUUUAAUACAAAAAUUACAGUAAAUGGGUUUAUGUUACUUCUUAAGGGCUCUUUUUUGUCCCUGUCCUACCAUUUGCAAAGACUGGGUUGGGAACCGUAAUAUGAAGCUGAAAUCUCAAGCUUUCUACAACAUUCUGUAGAAGGACUUUGUUUCAGCCCAGCCCCUCUAAUAGUGCUCUCAGGUGUCUGGGGAUCUUCAGCUGACUUUGACCUAGGAAGAUAUCCCAGCCCCUUUCUGCUUUAAUGUGUUUCAAGGACCCGGUGUCAUGGAGGCACCACUUCAGGGUCAUCACAUUUAGUCCCCCUUGGCUGAUUUGUUCCCAUCAUUGUGUGGAUGCCUCUGGUACUGGAAGUUUUUGCUCAUGCCACUAGUUGCCUCUGCAGAUGUCCCAAAUUCCAAAUUCUGAGGGAGGGUGUAGGUCAGGGGUUCUUACCCAGUAGCCACAAGUGUUUGGGAACGCUCUGUGCUUGUGUGGAAAGUUUGGAUUUUUGGAGUUUUCUUCUGGAGAGAGAGUCCAUGACCACUGUCAGCUUCUCUCCAACUUCUCCCCUCAAUGGGAGAGGCGUUGCAGGGUACCACAGAUACCUGUUAGCCUACCUGAUGGCAAAUACCUCUGUGUCAGGUCUAUCUGACUAUAGGGUCAGUCGUGGCUGACUCCAACUCAAGAUGAACUUCUUCUGGACCUUUCUCCAUCUGCAGAGCCAUCCCAGUACCCUCUGUGCUCCAACAUUUCUGGAUUAUCCACUGUGUGCACAGUAUUUUAAGUAUAUUAUCUCAUUUAAUCCAUAAAAACCCUAUAGUAUUGGGAAUUGUUAUUCCCGUUUUACUCAUGAGAAAAUCAAGGCUCUGAGAGGAAGAGUAAGUCAUACAACUAUUAAGCAGAAGUGGGGUCACCUGAAUCCAAAACCUUUCUUCUCCUCCAAACCAUGUUGCCUCCCAAGAGAGAAAAUUUGUGCCUCUGCAGUUCUCGCCAGGCAGGAAAGCACUCCCUGUCGAACACUGCUGGGGGUCUGCUCUCAUGCCCUCUGGAGCAACUGUGAUUAGAGCCGAAUGGGACCUGCAUGGGGCUCCACUCUACUGCCGCCGACAUCCUUCUCUUGAGCAGGAUGCCACAUUUGAUGUUCUGCCAGAAGGUUCGUUAUGGAGCUGCAAACAGAAGUAGUCGAUUUUUCUUCCCCUUCCAAAAUGGAAAUAUCACUCAGCUUCUUUUAGAAUGGACUUCCUAAGUUGAUUUUGAUUGAAGGUGAUGCAGCAAACCGCAGAGUUGAGGAUUUUCAAAACGUCAUUGGCCGAUUAUUAUAGAUGGCCUUGGACUUUGGUCUUUGUGGUCUGAGUAUAACAUAGGAAACCGUCUUUUCUCAGGGAGUGGGCUUCUUAAAGUUCAUUUGUCUGUGACCCGGGGUUUAGCUGUGUGUUGCAUUUGUACCUUUACACUCUCUUCAUCUUGUCUCACAGCCACAGCUGUUGAAUUUGACCUGCGGUCAAGGAGGGAAAUUCACUGCUAAUGAUAUCCUGGGGAGAAGUAAAUCCACUGGCAUCUGAAGGGACUUCAGAGCCACAUAUAUUCAGUUCCUUGAUUUUACGUCCCCGAGAGGUUAUGAUGGCCAAGGUCACACCUCUUCUUAGUGUUAGAGCCAGGCCUAGAAGCCCAGUUUUCUUGACUCUAAGUCACAUCCUGCCUUACACAGCAUCUUCAGAGCUCUCAGAUGGGGAGAGGGAGGCUCGGAGAGGAGGAAGGACUUGUCUGAGGACCCACAGCUGGGUGCUGGAAGAGUCGCAGUUAGAACUCAGACCUGCAAUGGGCUGUAGUCCCCAACUGUCGCAGCUGAAUCAAGUUUUUAGAAACUCAAUUGUGUCUUGAAUUGCUCAGAAAACUGUUUAAAAUUUUCCAUUGUGCUUGUAAUGUGGACAAUUAUCCCUAAUUUGUACUGUAUUUGGCAAGGAUGGGGGACGUAAAUUCAGAUGUUCGCCUUUGGGAUUUCCUGAGGUCAACUCUACUUAUAUCGCCCCCACCCCUCUUCCAGAUACAGAGCUAGGCCUUCACUAGCUUAGGACUUCUGCUCCACCCACUUCCUACUUUUUUUGGCCAUCAAAGCCCUAAAGUUUAUAGGGCAGGGGCCAUGACAUUAGGGAGCUCCUAAAAAAAAUCAACUAUCAGAGCCCCACAUUUCAGUUCCCCUUUGGGGACAGGGAGGGGAGCAAUGAAAGAAAAGCCACAUGUGUCUGCAGCGUGGCUUCACCCUUUACCCGCAGCUUCAUGCCUUGCCCAGCCUGUCCCACCCUGGGCAGAGAAGUGGCAGAUGGGGAGGGCUUGAGUUUCAGGGGACAGCCCUGAGUCAGGCUCUCAGGACUCCUCACAAGAGGAGUGAAGACCCUCUGUGCUGCUUUAAGAGCUGAUGGAGUCAGUGGUCUCAUUGGGGUCUGGAGGGGAAGCUGGUACUGUAUUUGAGUGACCACAUACAUCAGUUAGCGAUGGAAGGUGGUGGCCUCCUGACCUUUCUCUACCCCACGUCACAGUCCCUAUUUGCCAGAGCCCUUGGGAGGGCAGCGUCUGGCUCUCAGUCAGUCUCCGAUAGUGUUGCACUAUGACUACUCUUGAAUCUGUGGCACCCUUUUCUGUUUACCCCAGCAGUGAGUAGAGUCAUAACGAGACCAUGUCAUAUGCAAUGGCUCUGUGCUUAGUGUGGCCUCAAGUUUGCCUGGGUGGGUGUGACCAGGGCCUGCAGAAUAACCGUGGUGUCUGCUGUGUCGCUCUCUCCUUCCCCUUGAGGUCUCUGUUGUCCCCUGCAGCCAUCACAAGGGCUAAGUUGUUGAAUGAGCCCCAUGGUUUCUCCUGAUAAAUGUGAUGACUUAUUUGUGAUUCUACUCUAACCCAGGUUAAGAAACAAACAAAAAAACAAGCCACCUGACCAGCUCCUUUGCUCCCCUCCUUCUCUUUCAGGCCUCCAAAUGUAUUUAGUAUUCUGCCCUGUGCCUUGCCCAGGGGAGGGAGAAGUUUCUAGCAAUUACAGCUUUCUGUGUGCUGCCUGGUGCUUUUACAGUCCUUUUUUUUUUUUUUUUUUUUACCAAAAUUGCAUUUGUUUCGUUGUCAUUGUUGAGUAUAUAUUUAUUGUAUUUUACAAACAUGGAUAUAUAUAUAUAUGUAUGUAUAUGUAUAAAACCAAACUUAUAUAUAAAAUGUCAAGGCAUGUAUACUAGAUAUUUUAAAGAGUUAUUUAUCAAGGGGAAAAGAUGUGUGUUAUAAAGUCAACAGAGUCUAUAUUUUAUAUAUAAUGUAGAUAGCAAAAAAUAGCUUAUAAAUUAUAGAAGGUUUUGGUUUUCUCUUUUAUUAUUAAAGCAAAAAAACCAAAAAACAAAAAAAAGGACACUGAUGCAACUGUUCUUGGUGUUUUAAAGGCCAAACUACUGUGGGAGGUGGCCUUCCCUUCUGGGCCUUGCGCUCUGCAGUCUGCGCUCCGGGCCCAGGCGCUGAUGCAACACACAGGGGCCCUGGUUAGCAUCACUCAGCCAGCUGGCAUGUGCCAUGUCAAAGGUGGCUUCCUGCUGUCCUCCACAAUUUGCAUUGGUAGGAUAAAGGAGUGAAAGUAGCAAAUAAAGAUUGAAGAGAAGAUA